UUUAUUUGAGAAUUUUAAAAGAAGGAAAAGAAAAUUGCUGAAAGGGAAGCGCAGUUGAAAGGCUUUAGUAAAACCCUAGUUUUUGGUGUUGGUGUUCCUCUGAAAACAAAAUGGCUGAAGAAGAAGAUAUAUUCCCCCUAAAAAGAAAGCCCCAAGCAGAAGAAGCCAUCGCCAUUGCCAAUGCCCACGAAGACGAUGUAAACAAGAAGCAAAAACUCUCUAUUACUGAUUCUUCUCCACACGCCCAGGAGAACAAAGUUGACGUGGACGAAGACGAAGAUGAAGAUGACUAUGAAGGUGAGGAUGAUGAAGAUGAGCAGUCCAAUGGAGAGGCAGAAGUCGAUCGUAAGGGAAAAGGGAUUUUAAGGGAUGACAAGGGGAAGGGAAAGUUGAUUGAGGACUCUGACGAUGAUGAUUCUAGUGAUUUUGAGAGCGAAUCUGAUGUUGACACUGAUACUGACCUUUCCGACGAUCUACUGGCCGAAGUCGAUUUGGGUAACAUUAUCCCCUCCAGGACUCGACGGCGUACCCAUCAAUCUGGCCUUAAGAUAUCUGAUGAUCCCGUUAAAGGUGAUAAGUAGAAAUGCGUGUUAUUUUUAUGUUUUACAGUUAUUAUUUAGAUAAGACAAGUCUUUCAUCCUCGUAGUAGCAAUAGUUGCUGUUGUAUUUCACUUAACUAAUAUCUCUUACAAUUGGUUUCUUGCUCUCGUUUACUUCCCUCAUAUUGCUAUCUGUAGGCUGUAGCAUCUUCUAUGUACAUUUCGAGAUUGGUACUGGGCUAUAGCAUUAUGUCUGAAAAUGAAAUGUUUGUUUCCUGUCUAA